GGUUCAGGGAGAUGCCAAAACAAGAGAUGACAAAGAAAAGUCAGACAGAAAAAAAGAAGGCAAAGAAAAGGAAUCCAAGGAAAGAGGGCGUGAUAGAAAAAGGCGAGGUUCUUCAAGCAGUGAAUCUGACAGCAGUUCGUCAUCCUCUGUGUCACGCAGUGGCUCCAGGUCCUCAUCCUCUGGCAGCUCCAGUUCUGGUAGCUCCGGUUCUGGUAGUUCUUCACGGUCAGGUAGUUCUAGUUCCAGCCGGUCAUCCAGCAGUGACAGCAGUCGCAGCAGAGGCAGAGACCGUAAACAGAGAACAGAAACCCCAAAACGGAAGAAAAGAAGUCCCACACCAAAGCCAACCAAAGUUCAUGUUGGGCACCUGACCAGAAAUGUGACAAAAGAACACAUACAGGAAAUCUUUUCACUGUAUGGGACCAUCAAAAACAUAGACAUGCCCAUGGACAGAAUCCACGCGAAUUUCAACCGAGGAUCUGUGUACAUUGACUAUGAAACACCAGAGGAGGCACUGAAAGCUAUUAAAUUUAUGGAUGGGGGUCAGAUUGAUGGACAGGAGAUCACUGCUGCUGCUGUACAUGUUCAGCGAAACCCCGUCCGCCCGCCUCCACGUAGAAGCCCUCCAAGGAGAGGGGGCCCACCGCCAAGAUGGAGAGCAUCUCCCCCAAGAUUUAACAGGGACAGGAGGAGAUCACCACCACCAAGAAGAAGCCCACCACGUAGGCGAUCACGCCCAGUUGCACGUAGAAGCAGUCGAUCACGUUCAUUUCGUUCAUUGUUUGCUUCGUAG